AUGGAUAGACAAGCGGCGUACGAUUUGCUCAAAUGCUUUUUAGAAAAGCGGAGCGUUCAGGGGAUAGAUUGUAAAAAGGAGUUGCCCGAUUUAUUAGCGUAUGGAGUAGCGAGAGGUUGUUUUGAUAACCCAGAUACGGUUUUUGAACACGAGGAGUGGCGUAAAUAUGGAGAUAAAUUGUUUGACGAAGUUAUAAGCGAUAAUAAAUCAGCCAAAAAGUUAAUGAAGCCGUGGCGGGCAGUCGCUAAUGCCCUGCUGCAGUAUAAAGCGGAACAAAGAGCGGCCGCUGCCGCCUCGGAAAGGCUGGGGGGGUCAACUGGAAUGAGGGCGGCUACUUCCCAGCAAGGGCCACUUGACUCCCCUUCGGAAUACCCGUUGCCUCCUUCAGUGCGUACGUUAACUGUCCCACAGGGAGCGGCAGGGACAUGGGACCACCCGACUUUUUCCCCCCCCACUCCCGAGCCCCCUCCCGCCCCCCCGUCGGGGGAUGAGGAAGCAGGCGAGGGAAUGGAGUGUAAAAAUCCAGUGGAGAGCAGGGGAGGUACGAAUCCCUUUACGGAGGGUCUACAAGUCGCCCGAGAAAGGCAGAAAACGUGGCGGCAGAUAGCAGAGAGUGCUAUGCUUGAGGGAGACCGAGAGUUUGCCGCCAGUGUCGUGCAUGAGGCUUUUCUGGCUACGUGCUCCCAGCUGGAUGCGCAAGGGAAUAUUACCCUUACUCUUUGGAACUUGGAUUGGAAGCUGUUAACUCAGCUGCGAUCCACAGUGAAUGAGUCGGGACUGAAAGGGGAACCUACAAGGCAAAUGUUGGACUAUAUUUGGGAUACUAAUAUCUUACUCCCGGGCGACAUACGCAGUAUAACAAAGUUGAUCCUGACUCAACAUCAACAGCUAUUAUUUAAUGCGCACUGGCAGACAGUCUGGAUAAGCGAUAAUAAAUCAGCCAAAAAGUUAAUGAAGCCGUGGCGGGCAGUCGCUAAUGCCCUGCUGCAGUAUAAAGCGGAACAAAGAGCGGCCGCUGCCGCCUCGGAAAGGCUGGGGGGGUCAACUGGAAUGAGGGCGGCUACUUCCCAGCAAGGGCCACUUGACUCCCCUUCGGAAUACCCGUUGCCUCCUUCAGUGCGUACGUUAACUGUCCCACAGGGAGCGGCAGGGACAUGGGACCACCCGACUUUUUCCCCCCCCACUCCCGAGCCCCCUCCCGCCCCCCCGUCGGGGGAUGAGGAAGCAGGCGAGGGAAUGGAGUGUAAAAAUCCAGUGGAGAGCAGGGGAGGUACGAAUCCCUUUACGGAGGGUCUACAAGUCGCCCGAGAAAGGCAGAAAACGUGGCGGCAGAUAGCAGAGAGUGCUAUGCUUGAGGGAGACCGAGAGUUUGCCGCCAGUGUCGUGCAUGAGGCUUUUCUGGCUACGUGCUCCCAGCUGGAUGCGCAAGGGAAUAUUACCCUUACUCUUUGGAACUUGGAUUGGAAGCUGUUAACUCAGCUGCGAUCCACAGUGAAUGAGUCGGGACUGAAAGGGGAACCUACAAGGCAAAUGUUGGACUAUAUUUGGGAUACUAAUAUCUUACUCCCGGGCGACAUACGCAGUAUAACAAAGUUGAUCCUGACUCAACAUCAACAGCUAUUAUUUAAUGCGCACUGGCAGACAGUCUGUCAGGAGUCGGCAGCAACGGUUAGGGCACCAGGGGACCCCCUAUACGGGGUCACUGUUCAGGAGUUGAUGGGUCUAGGGCCUUAUUUUCGAGCAGAAGCACAAGCGUUGAUGGGGGCAGAAAAGGCAAAGGAAGCAAUGAGAUUAGCUAGACUAGCUCUCGACCGCAUAAGAGAGCCCGGAGGAAUCCCUUCAUAUAUGGGUAUUAAGCAGGGAAGGGAGGAGCCAUUUGGUUUGUUUAUCGAUCGAGUAGCAAACGCCAUACAGGCGGCCGGGGUGCCUGACUAUCUCAAAGGCACUAUGCUAAAGCAGUGUGCUAUACAAAAUUGUAAUCUGGCCACACGUAACAUCUUGGCUACAUUACCAGGGACAUGGACUAUCGAGGAAGGACUAGAAAGAAUGGCACAGGUACCGGUGGGGUCGCAGGCAAUGUUAGUUGAGGCAAUAAAGGAGUUAGGGAAUAGUUUAAAGGAACACGCGCAGGCUAUGCAGAGCCAGGUUUUGGCAGCCCUUGCUCCUUUGCAAACCUCUGCUGGGCGGUCAAAUGCCCGCGGCCCACCUCAUUUGAGGUGCUUCCGUUGCGGCGUCACCGGACACUUGAGGCGGGACUGCAAUGCCAGCUCCGUGUGGUGCAGGAACUGUCGAUCUGACACUCACAACCAAGCUGCCUGUCGUCGAGCUGGAUCGGGAAACGGGACGACCCAGCGGGAAAAGCCGCCCCGCGCCGACACAAAAAGCGGCUGCCUGUCCAGCAGCACACAACCCCUUCCUCUGCGGCCAGCCGCAAGCGGAAGCCUCGGACUGGACCUGGCAACAGCAGUAGAUUGCACCCUAUUGGACUCGAAACCUGUCAGAAUUGCUACCGGCACACAGGGACCAAUCUGUAUUAAUGGACAAGCCGUUGGAGCACUACUUAUAGGGCAUUCAUCUGCCACUAUGCUGGGACUUAAUGUUUUGGUGGGACUGAUUGAUAAGGACUUUUACGGAGAGAUUCAAAUUAUGGCUCAGACGCUGUUCCCACCGCUUUUCAUAGCUAGAGGCACUAAGGUGGCACAGUUGAUUCCCCUGCCACAUCUUGCGGGGGCCCUUCAACCGCUGCAAGAGCAACCUCGAGGGCAAGGUGGUUUUGGAUCUACAGGACAAAUGACCUUGCUAACUAUCGGCCUGUGCCAACGACCACGACGAUCGGUUACGGUGCAGUACGGCGACCAAACCAUCUCACUUGUUGCACUUUUGGGUACUGGUGCCGAUGUUUCUAUAAUCAUUACAGGGAAAUGGCCGGCUCAAUGGCCAACAUACCCGACCAAUGCCACAGUUGCGGGAGUAGGGGGAUUGACUCUUGCUCACAAGUCACCCCUUUUGCGAUGGACUAUAGAGAACAAGGUGGUAAACUGCUGUGUUUCUAUUAUCCCACUGCCUGAAGGGGUGCAUGCUCUGGUAGGACGUGAUAUCCUGGCACAGAUGGGAAUGGUCCUUACUUCGGACCUCCCUUUUUAGGGACGGCCAUUGCUUGGACUUUCCCGAUCCCGCUCCGAUGGAAAUUGGAAGAACCAGUGUGGAUAGAGCGGUGGCCGCUAAAAAGGGAAAGUCUGGAACAAGCACAUGAACUGGUCCGAGAACAAUUCCGCCAGGGUCACCUGCGUCUAUCAACAAGCCCCUGGAAUACCCCCAUCUUUGUUAUCAAGAAGAAGUCGGGAAAAUAUCGAUUGCUUCACGACCCGCGAGCUGUGAACAAACAAACGUACGACAUGGGGGCAUUACAGCCUGGCCUACCCAACCCGGCUAUGAUACCGGAAGGGUGGCAUCUGCUCAUUGUGGAUUUGAAAGACUGCUUUUUCACUAUUGCCCUGCAUGAAGAUGAUAAGCAAAGAUUUGCCUUUACCCUUCCCGUGAUCAAUCGAGAAGGGCCGGACCAGCGCUUUGAAUGGACGGUCCUCCCGCAGGGAAUGCGAAAUUCACCCACCUUGUGUCAGAUUUAUGUUGAUGCCGCCUUGCAGCCACUGCAACAAAACUGGGCCUGUACUCUGAUCUAUCAUUAUAUGGACGAUAUUUUACUGGCCCAACUGAUAACCUUUUCCGCGCAACAAAAGCAGGAACUAACAACGCAGCUCGGACAGAGAGGUUUAGUAAUUGCACCAGAGAAAGUACAGGAGACGAGCCCCUGGAAGUACCUAGGAUGGCGUAUCACCGAUACGACAAUCCAGCCUCAGAAACUAUCCUUGCAGCUGGAUAUUCGGACUCUCCAUGACGCCCAAUGGCGGUUGGGUGACCUGCAGUGGCUUCGACCUGUUACAGGCAUCCCCAAUGAACUACUGAAUCAGCUGCGUCCCCUGCUGCGGGGAACAGAUCCUGCGACGCCGGUGCAGCUUACUGAGCAUCAAAGACAAACGCUGCAACAAAUAGCUUCUAUGGUAACUACGCGUUCCACACACCGGCGUGUGGAAGGUCUGCCCAUUGACUUGACUGUUUUAUGUGGUGAGCAGUAUCUUAUGGCAGCCUUAACUCAGCAAAAAAAUAAAAACGAAGGAGAAGCAGGGGUCCACCACUAUCGUAUUGGAAUGGAUAGCCCCUCUGCUACAACCAUGGCGGACAAUACAGGAAAAAAUUGCCAUGCUAGCAGAUCUGAUCAGGAAGGGUCGGUGCCGUAUCCUACAGGUGGAUGGCACCCCGCCAAGGACAAUAUGGGAGCCAAUAAAGCAAAUUGACCUGGAAUGGUACUUCCAGAAUUCCAAGGAGCUACAAGCUUGGAGCGGCACUGGUAGCUGGUAGCUAAGCCACUGCCGUCACCCAUCCUGUCGUGGGUGGAGAACCUGGAUAGUUAAGCCGAUGUGGUCCAGCCAACCGAUCCCGCAGGCUCUCACGGCCUUCACCGAUGCAGGCCGACGUUCCAGGACUGCUGCCGUAACUUGGAAAGAUGGACAGGGAUGGCAGCAUCAAAUCUUGCAGGCACAGCAAGGGGACUCUCUACAGACGCUGGAACUUUUCGCUGUGGUCUGCGCUUUAUGCAGUUAUGGAAUAUUGUCCACCUCACUGGCAUUCCCCAUUCCCCCACCGGGCAGGCAGUAGUAGAAAGAGCCAAUGGAACUCUAAAGCGUUACUUGGAGAAGUUUAAGGACAUUGUAGACACAAGAGAAAGGGUCCAAAAGGCCCUCUUUGUACUUAAUCAUUUAUGUGUAUUCAGGGACGGUAAUGAUCUGCCUAUUGUAAGGCAUCAUGCAGGAUCUGAAACUCUCAAGCUGCCACACAUGAAAGUGUUGUAUAAAGAUGCAAAAACAGGACAAUGGGUGGGUCCUGCAGAGGUGGUUUACGUAGGACGUGGUUAUGUCUGUGUUUCUACCGCCACAGGUACCAUUUGGGUUCCCAGCCGAUGGGUGAGGCCUGCUGUCAAACACACUGACGACCACGGCCUCGCCUAAGGACGAUGAGGGACUCCACAGAAGGGUACUACUUCAUCUGCAUCUGGCAUUUUAGACAAAAGGUGUAAGAAUGGCAUCAAAAUCCCACAGUUAUGGGCUGUUAGCACACAAGACUGGCACAGGCUACGUCACUGCUUUAAUAAUAUGUAUCCUCAUCAAAAGCAAGAUAGGGGGCACUGCUGUCAGAAUUACACCCUGUCAGUUGUUUACUUUAUCUCUCUAUUUUUCAGUGUCCCUAGAAGAUGGGCCAACUAUAAUCCUGUAUAUUUUAUAAGCCAAGUUAGCCUGUCUGCUUUCCAUAGAGAAAUUCUUAUUUGCCUGUCAAUUGACUUUUCUCUGUCCAGAUAUAAUCUUGGUUUUACAAGUUCCUGCAAAGCUGUCAAUAAGCUUUCAAUAAAUAAAAUUGUUAAAAUGA